AGUGCCUUGGGCAUCGAUCGGUGGAACGCAUUGUGAUCUCCUUCUCCGCGCCGUUAGCUAAUAUUUGUCGCUAUUUUUUUUCCUUGUCUUGGCGAGAUUUUUGGGCAGUUCGACCCCCGAAAUGUGAUGUGUUUCGGGUAGAGGUGGAAAUGUUUGGAGGGCCCAACAAGCGAGCGAGAUGCAUUCGUGGUAGGACGUGAUCGAAGACGUCAGUUCUCUCAGUUUGAUCGUACGGACAAGGCCUGCGGUUUGGUGGUAUACGGUGGACCAAAGUUUUAAGAGGUUUUGGGAGCAUUUAAUUGAAUUCUUGCUAAUUAGAAACAGCCCAGGAAGUGUAACGCCACUAUGGAGGUUCGUCCUCAAGCGUGCGUGUUGGUGGUGAUCUCCAUUUUGUCGCUCGUAAAUCAUCUCCAGUGUUUGCCCUUGCCUGGACCGCACCGUACAGACGAUGUGGAGGCUAAAAUUCAGGCUGACCGUGAGCUGCUCAACACAGUGACCUACGUCGGCAACAACAAGGUGUACGGCUUACUGUCCAACGAACAGCCUGCAAUGCGUGAGGCAAAGUUGGAGAAGGAAGACUUCGAUUCUAGCAUACUGACAAAGUUGGAGAGCGUGCAGAAAAAGUUCGUCGACAAGGGCAAUGUACCGGCGCUAGUAGACCAAACGCACCCGAAGGAUUAUUUUGGAAAUGACGUCAAAGAUGAACCGCUGUACAGAGGCUUCGUUGGAAUAGUCGAGCAGUUGUCCAAUGUGUUCAACGCGGUCGUUGAGAAAGUACCCAAGGGAGCGAUCGUCAACCUAAACAAGAGUGUCCUCAACCGGCUCAAUCAAAUCGGUGCCGUGCUGGUGGGCCUGGAGGAUGCGAAAAAGAAGUGAACUGUCGCUGCGUAGCGUAAUUUAUUCAUUGCUGUAAAUACUUAACGCUCUAUCAUGCGAAUUGUUGAGUAAUCGAGUUCGGGAAUGUCUGCGGGUCGUUCAACGAGGAGUUCCUAUCCUCUCUCCCUCUAUCUCUCCCUCUAUCUCUCUCUAUCCUAGCUCAACUUGAGGGUAGACUUUUUUGGUCGUUUUGGUAGGCAGUUGCGCGGAAUGAUGCGGUUGACCAGGAUGCCUUAAUCUAAGCUCUGAGUGUAUAAAUAAAACUGUGCAGUAUUCUACGUUCUA